AUGUCUGCUGCGGCCUCGGAGGCCGCCCCUUUGCGCUUCUCCGGAGAGAAUGAGGAUGGAAGAGAAUACAAGAGAUGGAAGACUUGGGUAAAGAACAAGCUCUUGACCCUGGACAAGUUACCUGAAACUGCUCGAGGAGCCUAUAUAUACACGUUGUUGGCUGGCAAGGCCUUGGAGGCUGUUGAACACCUGGAUCCUGGCGACUAUCAGAAGAAGGAUGGCGACCAGGUCCUGUGGUCGUUGCUGGACAAAAGGUUUCCUCAGCUGGAAGUGGUCGAUGAGCUUGGUGAAAUCCUGGGCGAGGUUUUCAAUCUUCGCUCCCAGGAGGGGGAAACGAUGAAACAAUGGGCUGCCAGAGCAUCGGAGCUGUUCGACCGAUGCCACAGGAAAACAGGAGUUCAGUUUCCUGACGAAGCCAGGGGCUGGCUUUUGUUGCACAGGGCCAACCUCAGCGAGGAGCAGAAGGCCGUGGUCAUUUCGCGUGCCCGUGGAGAUCUCAAACGGGAAUCCAUUGCAGCAGCUCUCCGAUCAUGCUACCCCGACCUUGUUGUUGGAAAACGGCGAACAGCCGUUGCAUUGGCAGAAGAGACCAUGGACGAUCCGACCGAGCCCCACGAUGCCUGGGAAGAAGAUUUUUCAGACGUGGAGCGCCUGCUGGAAGACCAUCAAUCGUCCGCUGAUUGGGCCGCUGACACGGAGGCCUACAAUGAAGCUGAGGCUGCUGGUGAGUGGACCCCUGACGAGGUCAUGCUGGUUUCCUCACCAGGAUUUGGUGUGUUGGAUUCGGGCUGUGGUAGGACAGUUGUUGGAGCUUCAACUUUACAGAGCUUUGAAAAGCUGUGGUCUCAGCGUGGCUGGACAGUGCCCUCCAAGAUUUCCGAGGUGCACCAGUUCAAGUUCGGAAAUGGUGAUGUGGAGACCUCCCACUAUUCCGUUCAGAUGCCCGUCAUCCUGGCUAAUCGCCGAGGGGUGAUCAGAGCUGCAGUGAUCAAAGGUGACGCUCCUCUUCUGGUGAGUCGCAGUGCCUUGAAGUCCCUUGGCGCCUCACUGGAUUUUCAGAAGGACUGUCUCAAUGUUUUUGGUCAAUCUGUUCCACUCAAGACAAAUGGAGCAGGACAGUAUGUGGUUGAUUUGCUUUCCCCCAAAGACACUCUAGCAGCUGAUUUCACGGAAGUCAUGACCCUUGAGCCUCAUCCUCAUCCAGCGAACCGGUCGCCGGAAGCGCCCGAAGCAGACACACCCUUGACUCUCGAGCCAUCUGCAUCGCCUGCGGCGGAUGAGAAGUAUGGUCUUCAAUUGCCUGAGAGUGACCGGUACAUCCGUAAGAGCACCCGUUUGUUGGUCUCUCAUGAAGACAUGUCCAGCCUGGGUCUCACAUGUGACCAGACUGGAACGCAUCAGUGUCAUGAUGUGAUCGCCGGAAGUGCACCUGGUGUUCCUCGUAUCAGUACAUUUGCUGGUGCCUACCCCGUGAAAUUUGUUCAAGCGGUGUUGAAUACGAUACCUCAGUUUCAGCUAGAUCGAUCCAAGGCCACCUCGUCAUGUGAAUGCAUCGCUCAUGUAGAAGUCAUCAAUGAAGAAGUCCCCGAUGCGUCAUGGACAGAGAUCCUAGCCGCUGGACAGGCCCCACAUGUGCAUUCCCAGAGGCCGAUCGUGAAGAUGAGCUCCCAGGACCAGGGAUCGAUUCCUCUCCCCAAGGGCAUCACCUCGAUGGACCAUUGGGGUAAGACCUUGAUCACUUCAGGAAAGCUGUCUAAGCAGAACCUCAGCUAUGAAGACCUUGCAAGUUCACCUGAGACGGAUUUGGUGAACUACAGUCGAUGGCUCAUGGCGCGGAAAGACCGCACCAACAUGUCGCCACCCAUCAAGGACCUCAUUGCCUACUUGCUGGCUUACACGGAGUUGGCUGAGGG